AUGUCGGAAGAGAGAGAUGUACUUAGUUUUACUGACGAUGAAGAAAACGAUGAAUUUGAAGAAGAAGGCCACUUGCUUGAGAAACAUGGUACUUUGAGCAAAUGGACAAACUACCUCCAUGGAUGGCAGGAUAGAUAUAUCGUAUUAAAGGAUGGUACAUUCAGUUAUUUUAAAUCCGUCACCGAAACUGCUUAUGGAUGUAGGGGUGCUGUCAGUUUAAACAGAGCUUGUGUCACACCACAUCCUUUUGAUGAAUGCCGAUUUGAUGUCAGUGUCAAUGACAGUGUAUGGUAUUUACGUGCCAAAGAUAUUGAUGAACGCCAGCAAUGGGUGAGGGCCAUAGAGUUACACAAGCAGACAGAAUCUGGUUAUGGCAGUGAAAAUAGCCUUAAAAGACAUGGCUCAUUAUUGUCCUUGACCUCAGGAACUAGCCUGUCCACUGCCUCUGCAUCAUCUUUCAAGCGUGGUCGAGGUCUACGAGAGAAAUUAGCUGAAAUGGAAACGUUCCGGGAUAUAUUAUGCCGUCAAGUGGACACCUUGCAAAGUUAUUUUGAUAGUUGUGCAUCUGCUGUUGCUGAAGGGACGGUCUAUGAUUUAACUGAACAUGAAGAUGAUGAUAUUGACGACAUUGAUGAUUAUGAUACGCCAAAAACAAAUUCUAGCACAAAUUCAUCUCAUCCAUCCAAAAUUGGUGGCCUAAAAGGCAGAGAUUUGGUGGCGGACCUGUCAGGACAAUUCUCCUCUCUGCAGAUCAGGUCCUCCAUUCUCCAACAGCAUGGUGGUCAUGCUCCUGAUUUCAAAGGAGAAGCUUACACAUUUAAAGCCACUACAGCUGGCAUCAUUGCUACUCUAUCUCACUGCAUUGAAAUUAUGUCACAAAGAGAGGAUGCAUGGCGAAAACGGUUAGAACGGGAAGUGGAAAAACGGAAGAAAGUUGAAGAAUCAUACAAAACUAUCUUAAUGGACAGACAGAAACCAAUUGUCUUUGGUGGUCCAGAUUAUGAGGAAGGCCCUCAUUGUGCAAUCAAUGAAGAUGAAUUUUUUGAUGCUGUUGAUGCUGCUCUUGAUAAACUGGAGAAAGAGGAGGAAAGGAAACACAUUGCAGCUGUCAAGCCUCAACCUCCUCCAGCAAUUCUACUUUCACCUAAUCAUAGCUUGUACAAUGAGAUCAAUCAAAUUACUGCUGAACAUCUCAAGUUUUUGGAAGACAAAAAUGAUGAUGGGGAGGAUAAUUGGAUUAUGUUGCAUGAAGAAGGAGAAAUGAAAGUCUACAAGCGAGAACUUGAGGAGGAUGGCCUGGUUCUUGAUCCAUUGAAAGCAGUCCAUACAGUUAAAGGAAUAACAGGACAUGAAAUUUGCCAUUAUUUUUGGGAUUUAAAUGUGCGGAUGGAUUGGGAAGGUACGCUGGAGAGUAGUCGUUGUAUUGAAUGGCUCUCAGAGGAUACUUUCAUCAGUCAUAACAUUAUUAAACGUGUUUGGCCUGCUUCACAGAGGGAUGCUGUGUUUUGGUCACAUAUUCGUCAUGUAAUAAAUGAGGAUGAAGAAGAACCAGACACUUGGAUUGUUGUCAAUUAUUCAACAGAUCAUCCUACUGUCCCUGUGGGCAAAUAUGUUCGUGUCAAAAUGAAUGUUUCUAUGGCUUGUCAAACAUUAAUUGAACCACCAGAUGAUGGCGAAAUUACAAGAGAUAAUAUCACAUGUAAAAUCAGCUAUACUGCAAAUGUAAAUCCUGGUGGCUGGGCUCCUGCAUCAGUUCUUCGUGCUGUCUACAAGAGAGAAUAUCCAAAAUUCUUGAAACGUUUUACCUCGUAUGUGAAAGAAGUUACUGCCGAAAAAGCCAUAAUGCUUUAA